GUACCUUCCGAGCGCAUAUUUUCAUCCAGCAAAGAGACCUACACUCUACGGCGCAGCAACUUAUCUCCGGCCACACUCGAAGCGUUACAGGUCCUUAAGUUCGUUUACAAGCAAGAUUGCCUCAAAUUUACGGAGGACUUGGUGGCUGAUGAGCGGGACUACACAAUAUCUGGACCUGUGACUCCCAGAGCAAUUGACGAGUUGAUGGCUGCCGGGAAUCUUCGCAAGCUUGACGAGUUGCUCCAGAAUGCGAGAGAC